CCUCUUAGACUGAGUUUGUAUCUGCAGUUCCUAUUCUUGAGAUAAAGUAUGAACUACUUUAUUAAAUAUAUUUUUCUCAGUGUGGCAGUAUACACCUAGGCAAUAGGUCCUGAAAUUCAAUACAUGUUUGGAUGCUUUGAUUCAGGUGAUUUUCAGGUUGUUAUGGAGGUAGAUGGGGAUGAGGUGUUCUAUGUAGACUUCAAAAAAAAGGAGGCAAUGUGGACAGUCCCUCACUUCCAAAAUUUUAAAUAUGCUAAGUUUAGACAAUUAGUUUACCAAUAUAGUGAACUGAGCAGAACAUUUUGCCAUACCAACUUAAUCCAGGAGAGAAACUGGGCUGCCUCCUUCCCACCAAACCUCAAAGCACCUGGAAGCACCAUUGGGAAAAAAGAAAAAGAAAAACCCAAAGAAAAAAUUGAGCUGGAGUCAGAAAACACCUUAAUUUGCUUUGUGAAUGAUUUCUUCCCUCCAUCCAUCAACGUGAAGUGGACCAAGAAUAACGUGGAACUGACAGAGGGGUCAUUGGGUCGUUAUCACCCUAACAAAGAUGGAACGUUCUUCCAGGUUUCCACCCUUACUUUUACCCCUCAGGAUGGAGACGUCUAUGCCUGCACUGUGGAGCACCCAGCCUUGGAGAGCCCCCGAACCCGAUUCUGGGAGGUGGAGGUGAAUGAGUCCAGUGCAUGUCCAGCUGUGUUCUGUGGAGUGGGUCUGACUCUGGGGCUUUUAGGAGUGGCAGCCGGAACAUUUCUCCUUGUAAAACAACCACAGUCAAAUCAGGGUGCUUGAAGAAGAACAACAAACGAGUAAAAGUAUAUAUUACAUUCAAUGAUUAGACCCUGUGACUUAUUUCUCUUCUGGACAGGUAUGUUAGCAAUACAAUUGCUGCUUUAAAUUACACAUGACUUUUGUACUGUUACAUUACUAUCUGUAUGUCCCUUUAAUAUAGUAAAGGUACAUUCUGUGGAACCUCACAAAAUAGUGAGGCGGAUGCAAAUGUUUUUCACUGCUAUCAAGUUAUUUUAUGUUAACAUAAUAUGCUUGGUGACAAUAAAAACAUAAAU